UCCUAUACCAGCGCUCCGCCCUUCGGCUCCGCCCCCUCCCCGCUGCAGUGCUGCCCCCCCGCGCCCGGGCGUCUCAUUGCACGCUGCUGUCAUGGAGGAGCCAAGAUGGCGGCCCUGGCUUACAACCUGGGCAAACGGGAGAUCAACCAGCAUUUCAGUGUGAGGAACGCCAAGUUACUGGCCCUGAUCGCAGUGUUACUGCUCUCCGCCUGCCAUGCCGUGUCCCGGGCCUACAGCCGAGGAGAUGAUAUGUGCGGGUCUCUUAUAUCCAGCGGCCGCUUCCUGGGGGAAAACGUGUGGCAGCCGUACAGCUGUAUGAUGCACAAGUACAAGUCAAGUGAUGGAAAAAACUGCCUGGCCAAUCAGCGUGUAGUAUUUGUGGGAGAUUCCAGGAUACGUCAGCUGUUCUACGCUUUUGUCAAGAUUCUCGAUCCGCGUACAAAUGAAGAAGGGAACAAGCAUGAGGACAUUUCCUUCAGUGAUCAGACCAACAACAUACGAGUGGACUUUCUGUGGUUUCCCGAGGUGAACACUUCAAUGAAGCAGUUUUUCCUGGCUCUGAGCGAGAGUACGACAUCAAAGCCUCGUCUGGUCGUCGCCGGCGCUGCCACGUGGUCUAUAAAAAUCAACAACGGCAGCGCCGAGUCUCUUGCGCAGUACAGGGUGAACUUGACGGAUAUAGAACCUGUUUUAGGAAAGGUGGCCGACACCAGUGAUGUUUAUUGGAUCUUACAAGAUCCAGUUAAUGAACAAUUGCUCAGUGAAAGUCGUAAAGUCAUCACCAAUGCGAGAAUCAAUGCUUAUAAUGAAAUUGCUGCCUCUAUAUUAAAUGGUACUAAUAGGAGAUCAAGAUCAAAAAUCAAAAUCUUCAGUGUGUCCAGACUGAUCUCAGAGGAGACUAUAGAGCAGUCGUUGGAUGGAUUGCAUAUCCCCGAGACCAGCAGAGUUAUAAACGCCAUGAUCCUCAUGAACUCCUACUGCAACAGGAUAAUGAAGCCCAUCGACGGUUCCUGCUGCCAGCCCACUCCCCCCCUCACCAUCAUACAGAAAUUGGCGGCUUGUUUCUUCACGCUGUCUAUCGCAGCCUACGUGGCAAUCAUCGCGAUCCAGCGGAGCAAACAUCGGAAGAGCAAGAUGUGUACAGACAUCGAGAGCGGGGAGGAGAAGAAACCCGCCACAGCCACCCCUGCCGCCUCCACCCUAGAAGUGGCCCUCUUCUCUUUCUGCAAACUCGGCCUGAUCAUGGGCUACUUCUAUUUCUGUGACCGAGCAAACCUGUACAUGAAGGAGAACAAGUUUUAUACUCACUCUUCCUUCUUCAUCCCCAUCAUCUACAUCCUCGUGCUGGGAGUUUUCUACUAUGAAAGUACAAAAGAGACAAAGCUCCUGAACAGAGAACAGACCGAUGAGUGGAAGGGUUGGAUGCAGCUUGUUAUCCUCAUCUACCAUAUCUCUGGAGCCAGUACUUUUUUACCAGUAUACAUGCAUGUCCGGGUCCUGGUUGCUGCUUAUUUGUUUCAGACGGGCUAUGGGCACUUCUCCUACUUCUGGCUGAAGGGGGACUUUGGACUCUAUCGCGUCGCUCAGGUCCUGUUCCGCCUCAACUUCCUGGUAGUGGUCCUCUGCAUAGUGAUGGACCGGCCGUACCAGUUCUACUAUUUUGUCCCGCUGGUCACCUUCUGGUUCAUGGUGAUAUACGCGUCCAUGGCGCUGUGGCCACAGAUCAACCAGAAGAAGGCAAACGCAAACUACCUGUGGUACGUCGGCCUGAUGUUAAAGCUCGGUUUUCUGCUGCUAUGUAUAUAUCUUUUGUCAUGCUCUCAGGGUUCCUUCGAGAAUAUAUUUUCCCUCUGGCCGAUAACAAAAUUGUUUGAGCUGAACGGUAAUGUCUACGAAUGGUGGUUCAGAUGGUCGUUGGAUCGAUAUGCUGUGUUCUAUGGCAUGCUGGUCGCCUUCACUUACCUGGCUUUACAGAAGCAGCAGGUCCUCCAUGAAGGAAAGGGAGAGCCUCUCUUCUGCAGCAGAGUGUCCAACAUCUUACUGUUCGUGUCUGUCGUCUCCUUCCUGACUUACUCAAUCUGGGCCAGCAGUUGUAAAAACAAGUCGGAUUGUAACGCGAUGCACCCCUCAGUCUCUGUUGUACAGAUUUUAGCCUUUGUCCUGAUUAGGAACAUUCCUGGAUAUGCUCGCUCCGUGUACAGCUCCUUCUUCGCCUGGUUUGGUAAAAUAUCCUUAGAACUCUUCAUCUGUCAGUACCACAUUUGGCUGGCGGCAGACACCAAGGGCAUCCUGGUCCUCAUCCCGGGCAACCCGGUGCUCAACAUCAUCAUCAGCACUUUCAUCUUCGUGUGUGCGGCCCACGAAAUCUCCCACAUAACCAACGACCUGGCCCAGAUCUUCAUACCGAAGGACGGCUCGGCCCUUCUCAAGAGGUUACUGUGCAUCACCGCCUUCUUUUUCAUACUCCUGUUUUUAUCGUCACUAUAACAUUACCAGAAGACAUAGACCAUCUCCCCGCGGACCCCUGAGCCGGCGGGCCUGGCAGCCACGUCAGGGUUUUUUUUUUUUUCUUGGCUUAUUUUGUAAAUAGAUAAACUAUAGGAAGCGGACCGAACCGGGGCAGAAUCUGCCUCAUCCGCGUCCAUGAACAGCCCUGAACGGGAAGACUGUUCCUUUUCCACUUCCGUUCCCAAGUAAAGCUGCACGCGGAGAUACCUCCGACUUUUUUUUUUUGUCGUGGUAUUCGGAGGUCCAUCUUGCGAAGCACCACUGACUACACAAGCUGUGAACAGUUGUAGCUGAUCCUUGUGGGAGAACGUUGAAGUGAUACCAGUACGCCGUUGUUUUAAAAAAAGAAGAGAAGGAACCUUUAAGAAAGUAUGCGGUGUGUGUUAAAUGCAAUCCUUUGCCGGAAUAAUGAGGUUUUAAUAUGUGUAAUUGAACAUAAUUGAAGUUUAUAAUUUAUUUCUUAGG